CCUGUCCUGGGGGCGCCAGGAGGCAGGAGGCUGGAGGCAGGUGGCGGGACCUGGCCCCGCCUGAGGGCCGCGGGAGGGCCGGCAUGAAGGGGGCCUGGCGGUGGGCCCCGCUGCUCCUGGGCCUGCUGCAGUCCACUUCAGGGAAGCCUGUUCUGGCCCCUCCGCAGAACGUGACGCUGCUCUCCCGGAACUUCAGUGUCUACCUGACGUGGCUCCCUGGGCCUGGCAACCCCCAGGACGUGACCUAUUUUGUGGCCUAUCAAAGCUCUGCAACCCCCAAACGGUGGCGAAGAGUGGAUAAGUGUGCAGGGAUCAAAGAGCUGGUGUGUUCUCUGAUGUGCCUGGAAAAACAGGACCUGUGCAACAAGUUCAAGGGGCGCGUGCAAGCGGUUUCUCCCAGCACCCGGUCCCCCUGGGUGGAGUCGAAUUCCAUAGAUUACCUUUUUGAAGUGGAGCCGGCCCCGCCUGUCCUGGUACUCACCCAGACAGAGGAGAUCCUGAGUGUCAAUGCCACAUACCAGCUACCCCACUGUGUGCCCCCACCGGAUCUGAACUAUGAGGUGGAUUUCUGGAAGGAGGGGACCAGGAACAAGACCCGAUUUCCAGUCACUCCCCAUGGCCAGCCAGUCCAGAUUCCCCUCCAGCCAGCCACCAGCGGACACCACUGCCUCAGCGCCAGAACCAUCUACACCUUUGGUGACCCUAAAUACAGCGAGUUCUCCGAGCCUACUUGCUUCUUCCUGGAGGCCCCAGGCUCCAACUGGGCAUUCCUGGUGCUCCUACCACUUCUGCUGCCACUGCUGGUGGUGGUUGCCACAGGGUGUGUGAUCUGGAAGAGCUUCAAGGGGAACCCCUGGUUUCAGCGUGCAAAGAUGCCACAGGCCCUGGAUUUCUCUGGACACAGACACCCCGAGGCAACAUUUCAACCCAGUGGCCCAGAGUGCCUGCAUGACUUGAUCCUCUGUCCCCAGAAGGACCUGACUGGAAGAGUCAGGCUGACCCCUAGAGUCAGGGCCCCUGCCACCGUCCAGGCAAGAUCAGAGAAGGACAGUGCCAAGGAGGAGCAGGACCACAAGGAGGACACGGACAAGGAGGACACAGACGACGAUGUCAGCUUCCAGCCCUACAUCGAAACGCCCCUCUUCUUGGGUGGGGAGCACCAGAUUCCAGGACACACUGGACCUCCUCUGGUCCAGGUCGAAGUCUCCUCUGCUUGUGAUUCCUCAGACAGAAGCUGGGCCAGUACUGCAGGCUCCUCCCCUUGGGACGAGGCUGGGUCCUCUGGCUAUUUGACCAAGAAGGGGCCAGGCCAAGGGCCUCUCCCAUCAUCUGAGUUCCCUGAGGAUUCGAGCUCCCUGGAAGAGCCCCUGAAAGACGACCUCUCCUCCUGGGCGAGCUGGGGCUUAUCAUCAGGGCUGAAUCUGGUCCCCAGAGAGCCCCUAGUUUCUCUUCGGACACUGACCUUCUGCUGGGACAGCAGCCCUGAGGAAGAGGAGGAGGAGGAAGAUGAGGAGGAAGAAGAUGGAAGGGAAUCAGAAAGCGAGGACAGCCGAGCCAGCACCUGGGCAGCUGAGAGCCUCCGGAGGGCCAAGACCAGAGGUCAGACACUGGGGCAUUACUUGGCCAGGUGAGCUGCCCCUGGCUUCUUGGUGCUGCCAAGCUUCCUGGGGACUCAAGAAGCCCCCUAGACUUGAAAGCCUGAGAGCAUCAUCGCUGGGGCAGCAGGGAGUUCUUGCAGCCCUUUGGGGAACCCAGCUGGAGGCUGUCUGCUAGGUUAAGCAGCCAGAAGCCCCCUUGUCCUGUGACCUGCCAGCUUUGGGCUGAUUGCCAAGAAGUGUAGAGCUGAGGAUGGGCUGAAGUCAGAGGUUGGUUGGGUGUCAGAUCACCCCCACUGUCCCGGGGGUGACAAGCCAGUUGGAAAAAUCAUCCCUGGACAACAUGAAGCAGGUGAGGUCAGGCCACAGUGGACGCUGAAGGCUGAUACCAUAAGGGCCCAUCUGGAUUUGGAGGAGGGGAGGAAAUCUGGAGGCACACCUGGUAUAGCAGAGUCUUACACCCUUCUCCAGCACCCACUGGGCUCCCUCCUCCCUGAGUCUCAGCAUCCUGAUUUAUGAGCCCCCUACGGUGGGCCUCGGUGAAGAAAAACCCAGUUGGCUGAGGGUGUUGGAGAGGAUGUGGGAGGGCGUCAUCAUUCAAAUCCCAGUCCUGAGUCACAUGUUGCACAGUUUUUGAUAUCAGACAGACCUGGGUCCAAAUCCCAGCGCUGCCCUUUACUGGUUGUGUGGCCUUGGGGGAGACACCUUCCUUCUCUACCUGAGUUUCCAUGUUUGCAGGUACCACCUGGGGCAAGGGGAGGGUUUCCACAGAGAUGUGUGUAGCGCCAUGCCUGCCACACCACUGGCACAUGUCACCUGGUGGCUGGUAGGUCUCUCCAUCCACCCAGGCUCUGAGGGGACCACCUGUGACCCUAAACUCAGAGCGACUGGAAGCGUCCACCUGUCAGCUUCUCACUUCUGGUCUGCCUCCUGCCCUCGCUGCCCCCGCCUCCUGGUCAGGACACUGAACUCUCAGAGCCAGAGCCCAGCCAAGGGGGACCCUGGUCCCUCUCCCUUUUCCCAGCAAAGCAAGAACUAACGGUCCACCUUCCAGGGCGUCUGAUUAACUCGUGAGGCUGGGCCUGUGAUCCCCAUCUUAGCACUGUAGACCCUUCGGUUGAACAUUGUGUUUGUCAAGGAGUCCCAUUUCCCCUUCCAGGAGUGAGAAACCAGUGUCUCCUGGAAACAAGUGACUGUCCUUCCCUGGGGGUCGUGAUCGAUGUUCUCAAACAACUGCUUUGUUAACCUACACCCAACAGUAUGUGGAUGAGCAUAGCUGAAUUUUCACCCACUAGACCAAGCUUUCUGUGAGCUUUGUGACCAGGGAUCGGAACAGUCAGUCCUUGGCUCCAUGACCUGGGGUCUGCCGCUUAACCUGCCAGGACUUAACGCUUUUCCAUUUGUGUAAAAAGCAUCUUCAUAGCCAUUUUAGCCACAGGGCUGUGUUGUUUUGAAGCCAACAUGAGGAUACAGCAUAAAGGGAAAGAUCUGGAAAAGCUUCUCCAGGGCAUUUGGUCUAGCGGUUCCCAAGCAGUGCUCUCAAAAAGGCCCCAGGCUUCACGGGAGGAGUCUCAAUUUAGGGGGGAGCCAUGGGCUGUCGGAUGCCCCCGGUUCACCCAGAGCAGCCUCGCUGUGGCCUGACUCCCCAGCGGCCUCCCCCGUGACGUUGUGCUUAGGAGUUCCCACUGCUAAAGAAAAAGUGAGCAAACCCCUUUUGAAACUGAACACCUGCCUUUUGUUUCAAAUGAAGGAGCUGAAAUGCUGACUUACUGCGUAUGUCCCUAAAGGUGAGAUCUUUGGUCUCACCAGCUGGGCCAGCCCCUGUCCCCUCGGCCAUGUCAACACAGUGCCGAGUUCUCAGCAAGGAUUUCCAAGGGGCACUAGGCUGGCAAAGGGCCUUCACCACCGCUGGGACUCAGGCACAUGACAGCACACGCCCGUGCAUACACUUUGCGUUUCUGCAAGGGUUGUUCCACAUACAUCACUGAGGGCAGAAGAGGAAGAACAAACUGAAACCAUGGAGCUGGAGAAGGCUGUGGCUCAGGGCCAGUUUCCAGGAAAAUGCCCUUACCCAGACCAAGCCUAAUGUCCUUUCUGGAACCAGCCAAGUUGCUUCAAGGAGGUAAUUCCAAAUAACUAACAGCUAUCAGCUCUAUUGUCUUCGGCUUGUGUGAAGGAACCACCUUAUCUCUAUUUGGAAACCUUGUGAGGUUUUUUAAAGCAUUUUUCCAAAGUUUAAUUUCUCACAUAGGCGGGGCUUUCUAUUAAUUCUAAAUUCCAGCUUCUUUAUAGUCAUUAAGUUAUAAAUAAAAAACUGUGGGAAACAUUAGGAAAGAGCAUGCCAAUCAGUAGAAUCAUUUGUCAGGUGUGCUCAGCACUUAACUGUUUACAAAGCCCUUUCCCGUCCCCAGCAGCCAGGAACUAGCGCCAGCUCCAGGGCCACGCUUGAAGGGCAUCAGGGGAGAGCGGGUGACACCCUAGAUGAAAGCCACAUUACAGUUCCUCAGGGUACUGAGAAGCCUGCAUAUUGUUCUUGGAUAUUUAUAUUUAUUUCUAAUUUUAUUUUAUGUUUAUACCAUAUUUAAAUAAUUUUCUAAUGCUUGUUGGAACCUACCUUAAACCAUUUUUAAUAAAGAGCUCUAUUUUUAGAGAAAAAAAAAAAAGGCAGAAUUG